AUGGAUUUACACAAAUUACUGGAAAGCAAAUUAAGUAUCGAAGAAUCACAAAAUAUAAAUGUUAAAGAGGAUGAUAUACAUUUAAAUACAAUAAAUGAAGAUGGAAAAAUAACAACAAAAAAAGGAUGUGUUCUUAAAGUAAAAAAUUGUGAUAAUAGGGAGGAAGAUUUACCUAACUCCUCUUGUGAAAAUAUAAACCUAAAAAAAAAAGACAAUGCUUUACUAUAUUAUAAUGAUCAAAAAUAUGGUGGCCUUAAUAAUGAGCUUUCAAAAAGUGAAUCUUUUAAUAAUAUUAAAAUAAAAAAAAAAUGUUAUGAAAAAAAUGAUGACACAAUAAAUUUAGAUAUUACUAGUACUAUUGAAAAUAUGUACCACAAUAUAAAUUAUGAUUACAUUGAUAAACAAGUUCAUAAUUUAUUAGAAAGUGGAAAUAGUAGUGAUGAACAAGGGGAAAUUAUAAAAACUGAAAAAGAACAAAUAAAAACAAAAAUAGAAGAAGAUGAAAUAGAAGAUAAUGAAGAAAUACAAGGCCUAAGACAAACGGAAGGAAAUUUAUUAUUUUCAAGUUUGUCAAAUGAUGAAUUUGUGAGAAUGAAAAAAAAUGAAUCAAUACCUUUUCAUUCUGAUGAAAUAAAUUUUAUAUGUGAAGAUGAAAUGAAUAAUAUGAUUUUAUCACAUGAACAAAAAAUACGCACAUUUACUAGUUUAUUAAAUGAUCAUGGAAAAAUAGAUGAAGAAUAUGCAAAUUAUUUCAGGGGUAAAAAUGAAAAUAGUAUUGAAAGUUAUAAUGGAAAUGGUAACGAAAGUUUUGAUAGUAACAUCAAAACGGGAAAAAGCUGUAAAGAAUAUGGUGAAUUAGAUAGUGAAGAUGAUAACGAAAUAAAAAAUAUAUUAAAUAUCCUUCAAAAUCUAAGAGACUAUAAUUUUAAUGAUACAAAUGCUAUUGACAAUGAUGAUAAUUAUGAAAAUAUGGAAGAAAAGGAUGAAUUAAAUAAAACAGAACAUUCAUACAAUUGUGAAAAUGAUGAUAAUAACAAUAAAAAACAUGACGAACAUAUUAUUCAUGAUAAAAAUAUUCCUUUCCUUGGUACUGAUUAUAUACCCAAUAAUAUUACUAAUAAUAAAAAUGAUACCAAUUCUGCAAACGAUCAAACAGAAAGUGACGAAGAAAAAGAUAACAUUGAAAAUUUGAACAUUAAAAAGUUGAAAGACAAGUAUAAAAAAUAUGUAUUUUCUUUAAGUGAUCAUGAUGAAUACCAACGAAGUGAUAGAAGUGGGCAAAGCCAAAAUGAAGAAGGUCCAAUAGAAGAGACAUAUUACAAUAGUGAUACAAAUAUAAAACAAAAAAUAAAAAAGCAAAACGAAUCAAAUAAAUACCAGGAAGGUGCAAAUUCGACGAAUACUGAUAUGGAUGUAAGUCCAAUUAGUGAUUCUCAUAAUAAUUUUCAUAAAAUGAAAAGUCGUAAAAAAAUAAAGAAAAAGGAAAAAAUAGAAAAGAAUGAAUUUAAAAAAAGUGAUGAACUACAAACCGAUUCUUAUGACAAAGAAAAUAUCCACAACAAUUUAACUAACGAACAAAAUUUAGAAUACUAUAAUUUACCAAUUAAACCGAAUGUAUUGCAUACGCAAAGCCAAGAGGGUUGGGAAAAUAAAAUAAACGCUACAAGCGAAUUCAUUAUUGAUAGUAGGCAUAGUUCGAUUUCAUUUUAUAACCACGAAAUAGGAUCAUGUGCGGAAAUCAAAAAAGGACACACUAAUAUGUAUACCAAAGUUGGUAAUACUGAAAAUAACGACAACAACAAUGACAAUAAAACACAACACGAAAAUAAUAAUAAAAGAGAAAUAGAAGAAAUAAAUAAUGAUAUAGUUAAUGCCACAUAUAGUUCUAAAAAUGAAAAUUCUGAACAAAUCAGAAAGAGAAAAUUGAUAAAAGAUAAUAUUAAUAUUUUAAGAAAUGAUAAUAAAAACCUGAAAAUUAUAGAUGAAAUAAAUCAAAAUAUAAAUAAUUUAAAUUUUGAAUAUUUAAAAAAUACUGAAUUCAAUUUAGACAUAAACUAUACCAAUGGUCCAAUGAAAAAUAUACCAAUACAAAAAGAUAAUAACAUUUCGGAGAAAAUCGAACAGGUAGAAAUUACAAAUAAUAAUUUAUUAGAAGAAAACCUAAAUUUUGAUUAUUAUUUAAAAACUUUGCAUAAUUUAAAAAGCCGAAUACACCAAGAGAUCAGUGGAAAUGAUAGCAGCAGUAAUGAAAAAUUCAGAAAUACAGAAUAUAAAGAAAUUACGAAUAUAAAUUUUCAAAAAGAGCCAAAUAAAAUAUCUGAAAAGAAAAUUAUAAAAGACAAUCAUCAGGAUAAAGAGAAAGAAUGUAAAGAGAUUGUCUUAAAAAAAAAAGGAAAAAAAAAAAAAAAAAAAGAAAAGACAAUAUGCUUUAGACAACAAUGA